CCUCACCCUCUCCCUCUGGCCCACCCGUGGGCCUCGCCUAGCAUUAUCUCCCUCUGCUCUCGUCCUUCCCUGGGCGAGGCUUACCCGUGAGGAUGAAGGAUUUCAAUACGGAUCUCUUUCACCCUGCAACCGUCAUGGACUCCGAUUAUUCUAGCGGUGCUUCUCCUUCCGACGCCAAUUUUGCCUUCGCUUUCAACGUCAGUAACUUCUCCGACAGGAUUCUCCGGAUCGAGAUCAUGGGGGAUUCCGCAGAGGCCCGCCCUGAUCCCGAUGGUUGCGCUAGCAUCGCCGAUUGGGCUCGCCAUCGAAAGAGAAGGCGGGAGGAUGCGAAGAAGGACAGCGUGGAUCUUACGGUAUUGCCUGAUGAGCAAAUUUUGAAUGGAAACCAACUCGAUAUUGAUGAUGGACUUGCCGGUGAACAUCAAGAUGAAGAAGCUGUUGCUAUGGUUGAAGAAUCCCCUUCAGGUAUUUGAAUCAGUUAUGCUUUU